UCCAACAGCUUCGCCUUCAGCCUGCUGUGUGCCGAUCAGUCAUGAGCUCGUCUAACCGAUACAUCAUCGUACUGCUCGCUGUCGUCUUCGCUGUUCUCUGCUUUACAACGGCCACGACUUAUGCUGAGAGAUAUGUCGGUGUUUGCAUAAGGAAUUGCGCCCAGUGCAGGGACAUGUACGGCACGUAUUUUAAGGUACAGAAGUGCGCUGAUUUUUGCGUGAAGUAUAAGGGCAAGUUCAUUCCGGACUGCGAGGACGAGGACUCGAUUCGCCCGUAUCUUCAGGGGCCCGAUGAGAGCGAUUAUUAAUCAUCAAGAUCUGUCACACAGGCCUGUCUCUUCGGCUGUCGCGCGUAAUUGGAUCUUCGCCGAAGAGAUUCUCGUGAGUCUCGAUGUCAAUUGUUUUCGCUGAAUGACGCUAGGACGCUUAAUUUAAUAAGUAUGUUAAUAAUGUGUGCGUGCGCGCGUGUGUGUGUGUAUGCAGCACUCGCAAUUUUUAUUGUCGCGUCUCACGGAAGUCGCAAAUGAAAAGUAACGAUUCUGCAGAGGCAUAGCUAUGACUCAUAAGUGCAAAUUGAAUGACGCGAUAACAAUGUACCAAUAAUUGAGAGCAGCUCUUUAAACUUUGACGCGUCAUACGUCGGAAUAACCCGCGGCGAUAAAUGGAAGAAUUGUACAAAGAUACCGAGCGACUAAUCUUAAGUUCUUAGUAUUUCAUUAGCGGCCGUAAUCAUUACGUGUAUAAUUAUGAUGUGAUAUAACAUCGCAAUUAUACAUGUAAAUUCGCCACAAUCUCAGGCAGAACAGAAAGAUGGCGUGAGAAUGAAGACGUCGAAAUAAUGAAAAAAUGAUCGAAGAAUGAGUUUUACAACCAUUAUCUCGUUUUCAUUUUGAUAUUAUUUUGACGUCAUUGUUAUUUUCCUGUUCUGGGAUGAGAAGAUCGUGAAUGCGGUAUGAAAGUAUUCAGGAAGCCGAAUCUAGUCAAUCGAAGAAUCGAUCACCUCCGUCAGCGAAACCGAAUUCACACACAUCUAUCGUAAUUCACGUGGUAAAUUAUCAUCUUUUCGUUGAGCCCGCUUUAGAUGAAUUUAAAGUGCGCGGCAGGAUUUAGGAAAUUAUAUUUCAUACCGACAAGGUAUUGCAGAAACUAUCGACCCGGGAUAACGUUCCUGAUAAUUGUCGACGCCUGGUUGGCCGGGUCAGUCACUACCGACAUUACCGACUGUUUUCUCUUGCGGGACCGUUAUUUUGUUUUAAGAUCUCACGAGUAAUGUCAUCUGAAUAAGAUUUAGAUUUCAUCGUAGACAUUAAUAUCGAUCGUCAAAACGCACGAGAAAAUUCCGUUUAUCUCGAGAUCUACAUUGUUUUUUAAAUUUUACCGCUCUUUUCACUUCGACUCUUAGUUUCAGAUAAUAACGCUCCGUUUAUCGUACUUCGAGCAGACCCUGGUUGCUCGAUUUUUUUACGUAAAUUCAGGAACAGUACGUUAGAUUCAACAUACCGAAGACAUGCAGAGGCGCCAUCUGUUGCGGCCUCCGCCGUAUUAAUACAUCGGUACCGACAAACAUUUUUCACGACGGCCGAAGCUGCGAUUUGAAUUCUCCGCUGCUGCGACCCUACGAAGACGCUGCACUGUGUUGACAUUCCCGAUGACGGCCC